AAACCCCUCUUGCAAGAAAGACACGAGCACUGAGGUCUGAGGGGGACUGGAGGACGCACGCACACACGGACACGCCACGGCAUCUUUCCCUUUUCUUGCCGAGGAGAUCCUAGAAGUAGAUCCUCCCGUUACCCCAAAUUCCAUCGCCGCCUUAAACCUCCCCCCCUCCACCCCCUCAGCCGCCGGCCGCCGCUGUCCUCGGCGGUGGGGCUGCUCCGCCGCGCCGCCCCGCCCAGCGAGGAGGAGGAUCAGAAGAGCAGGCGCCGAGGAGGUCCGGGAUGGUGCUGUGGGAGCUCACGGCGAUCACCGCCUACUUCCUCGGCCUCAAGCGCACCUACCGCCUCGCGCUCCGCAUCCAGCGCCGCCUCAUCCCGCCCAACCGCCCCAGGAUCAGGAACUUCGUCUACAGGCGUACACGAGAUGUGUUCAAUGUUGCAGUGUCAGUGCACAAGAACAUUCAGCAGAGGGACAUAGAGGUUGGUCGAAACCUCGGAAAUGCGAUCCUGCGCUGGCUUGAUCGCAUGAAGCCAUCAGCAGAGAUUCGCCCCCGUCUUCCAGACCCACCAAAUGGCAGCUCAGAGCAAUUCAAGCAUCUUUCAAGCACAGGCAGGAGCACGGGAUCUCAGAAGACUGCCUCUAAAACUUCACCCCACGACUCCAGCGGAAAGAUGCUGUUCUCACGCCUGAACAUUCGACCCAAGUCCUUCCCUGUCCUGCCCACAAUGGCACAGCCCAACAGAAUCAGCGCGAGCAGCCAGUGCAGGCGCAUCUCCUACUCCCCGUUCCCAUCAGUCACCGCGAAGAGGAAGGGCCUUAUGGAGGGCGUCUUCCGCAAGGACAUUGCACAGCUGAUGGUGACAGAAUGUGUCUCGUUAUAUAAUAAUGAAGCGCAUAGGGGAAAUUGUCGCUGCUCUGCCAGGUUUCUGGAGCGUGGAUCAAAAGCAGCAGGCACGACUGCAUUGCGUGAUCCCAUCUUCGUUUGUGAUCUGGUCUGUGUCUGGUGCGCGAUUUUAUUCGCUUCUGGGAGGAGUACGCUAUGCUUAUGUCCUCGCACAGGGGAAAAAGAAAAAGAAGUGAAGCAUGUGGCAUCUCUGGAUAUUGGCAUCUCAGUGCAUGUAGCAAUCGAAUAACGAAUCCCUGCCCGUAUUCCCAACAGGCAAACACUCGUAUCUUCUCGGGGAAAUCAAAUUCGCAUACAGUGUCCUACGCUUGAGUAUUCGGCUGGGGAAAAUUUAUAUAAGGGCGUAAAAAACAUGGAA